AUGUUCGCUCAAGAUCCUACUCAUCAUUCUCAUUCUCAUUCUCAACAUUCUCAAUCUCAACCACCCAGAAGACUUGAAGGUUUUCACGUCUCACCUACUCCUAUACCAAUUCAUCAAUCUCAAUCUGAAUCUCAAUCUCAACCAAUGUUACAUCAACAUCAACAACAACAUCAUCAUAACAGUAGUAGUAGUCCAUUUAAUCAUCUAAAUGGAUUCGGUUCUGAUUUCGGUUCUCAUACAUCUGCUCGUCUGAGUGAUAAUGAAUUAUUAGAAUCAUUAAUCGUUCAAACUUCAUCUUCCUUUAAUUUUGAAGAUCCAUUAAACACUUCAUUCUCCGCUACUCCAUCUAAUCAUGAUCAAUUAUCAAAUCAAAAUACAUUUCAACCACAACCACCACAACAACAACAUACACCAUUACGAAGUUUACCACGUCAUCUAGAUCAAUCUACUUGUUCUCCUUCGAUUUCUAAUUCAGCUUUAUCUCCAAAUGAUAUUUAUUCACCUACUUCUGGUUAUAAUUCAUCUGGUCCAACUCAUCAUAAUGAUAUGUUUGCUGAACACCAUUAUGGUAGUUUCUCAUCUGCUCCAACCGAAGAUUUACCACGUUCAGGUCGUACAAGUUCGAUGAGUGGUAAAGCACCUGCACCUAGAUCUAGAUCUGCUCGUAGACCAUCUGGAUCAUUCCCAUCUAAUCAUCCUAACAAUGGAGGAUCUCGUCCUUCAAUGAUGAAAGAUGAAAUUAGUUCUUUGAUUGGUAGUCCAGUCUUUAAUGGUAAAUCUGGAUCAGUUGAAGGUCAUCAAGAUUUAAAUAAUUUAGAAUCCAAUAAUGUAGUUUUGAAUGAGAAAAGAAGAAAAAGAAGAGAAUCACAUAAUGCAGUUGAAAGAAGAAGAAGAGAAAAUAUAAAUGAUCGAAUUUCAGAUUUGUUUACACUUUUACCUUCUUGUAUGAUUGAAGGAGGAAAUGGAAAUGGAACACUAGAAGAAGGAAGUAGUAAUGGUAAUCAAGAUCAAUACGGGAAUUCUAAUCUGACUUCUUCAAACAAUCUUAACAAUCCUAAACAUAAUAAAGGAUUCAUUUUGACUAAGUUGAGUUUUUGA